CUAAAUAGUAGGAAAGGGUGUGAAGGCGGAGCUAGCUAGUGAAUCCGCGUCACCCAAAAGUUUCAGUGAGAGUUUCCUCAACUUCUAGCUCUCACUAGAGUUCGUACGACCCUGGGGAGGCGGCACGGGAGGAGUGAUCGCCCAUUCAAUGGAAUGCAGAUGUCCCUUUAAGGUUUGCCUCUCUCUCAGUGGACUUUAGCCUAAACACGGACUGGAAGCUUGCUUUAUUUGUACAUGAGCACAGACUCUGGGAAUCAGCCAGUUGCAAUUUCAAAGACCGAGAAAGAAAAGGGAGGGGCGAUGUGGCAAUUCAUCUUGGAUGUGAAAAGCGUGGAGAGGACUUAGAGGCAUUUGCCGAAAACACAGGAAAUCACCCCUUGGCGGCUGCUGCCACUGCUGCUGCUGCUGCCACUGCUGUUGCCUCCGCUGCUUGGAGAGCUGGCGGAGAAGCUCAAAGGCAGCGAGCGCUCUGGCCACAGUUUGUUCAGGGCAGACUGCAGCGUGUCCCAAAGGAGACUCGGAGCACUAGGGAGCCUGCCCUGCCUCUCCUGCCCGUGCCAGGCUGGUCAUGGCCCGCCAGCGCUGCAUCAGCUCAGGUGUCGCUGUCGCAUGCUGGUUCCUUACCGUGGUCUUGGACUUCUGUGUACCCUUCAAUGUGGAUGUGAAAAAUGCAAUGACCUUCAGUGGCCCAGUGGAGGACAUGUUUGGAUACACAGUUCAACAAUAUGAAAAUGAAGAAGGCAAAUGGGUGCUUAUUGGUUCUCCACUGGUUGGCCAACCCAAGAACAGAACUGGUGAUGUUUAUAAGUGUCCAGUAGGGCGAGGAGAGUCAUUGCCAUGUGUAAAAUUGGAUCUCCCAGUUUAUACGUCAAUUCCAAAUGUCACGGAAGUAAAGGAGAACAUGACGUUUGGAUCUACUUUAGUCACUAACCCAAAAGGAGGGUUUCUGGCUUGUGGGCCUUUGUAUGCUUAUAGAUGUGGACAUUCACAUUAUACAACUGGCAUCUGUUCGGAUGUUGAUUCCAAAUUUCAGGUUGUGAACUCCAUUGCACCAUCUGUUCAAGGAUGCAGUACCCAACUGGACAUUGUCAUAGUGCUGGAUGGUUCUAACAGUAUUUACCCCUGGACAAGUGUUAUAGAUUUUUUAAAUAGUUUACUUGGGAAAAUGGACAUUGGUCCCAAGCAGACACAGGUUGGAAUUGUACAAUAUAGUGAAAAUGUGACCCAUGAAUUUAAUCUUAAUAAGUAUACAACAACUGAAGAAGUGCUCAGUGCAGCUAACCAGAUAGAGCAGAGGCAAGGGCGCCAAACAAUGACGGCUCUGGGAAUAGAUACAGCAAGAAAAGAGGCCUUCACUAAAGCCAGGGGUGCCCGAAGUGGGGUGAAGAAAGUCAUGGUGAUUGUGACAGAUGGGGAGUCUCAUGACAACCAUCGACUGAAUAAAGUCAUCCAGGACUGUGAAGAUGAAGACAUCCAGAGAUUCGCCAUAGCUAUUCUUGGCCACUAUAACCGAGGGAAUUUGAGCACUGAGAAAUUUGUGGAAGAAAUAAAAUCAAUUGCAAGUGAGCCUACUGAAAAACAUUUCUUCAACGUCUCUGAUGAAUUUGCACUAGUCACUAUUGCAGAAGGCCUGGGAGAAAGAAUAUUUGCCUUGGAAGCCACGACUGACUUGUCAGCAGCUUCAUUUGAGAUGGAAAUGUCCCAGACUGGCUUUAGUGCUCAUUAUUCACAGGACUGGGUUAUGCUUGGAGCUGUAGGAGCCUAUGACUGGAACGGAACAGUAGUCAUGCAGAAAGACAGCCAAAUUAUAACCCCAUCAAAUGACUCCUUUAAUGUUGAGUCUACUAAGAAAAAUGAACCACUUGCUUCCUAUUUAGGUUAUAUGGUCAACUCUGCUACUAUUCCUGGAGACGUGAUCUACAUUGCUGGGCAGCCCCGCUAUAAUCACACAGGUCAAGUCAUUACCUAUACGAUGGAAGGCCAAGAAAUCAAGAUUCUCCAAACCCUCAGUGGAGAACAAAUUGGUUCCUACUUUGGCAGUGUUAUAACAACGAUUGAUGUUGAUAAAGACUCCUUCACUGACAUCCUUCUGGUUGGUGCUCCUAUGUAUAUGGGAACAGAGAAAGAGGAACAAGGAAAAGUGUAUGUGUACACUUUAAAUCAGACAAGGUUUGAAUACCACUUGAGCCUGGAACCCAUUAAGCAAACUUGUUGUUCGUCCCUCAAGCACGAUUCUUGCAAGAAGAAAAACAAAAACGAGCCGUGUGGGGCUCGUUUUGGAACAGCUAUUGCUUCUGUUAAGGACCUCAACCUUGACGGAUUUAAUGAUGUAGUGAUUGGCGCUCCCUUAGAAGAUGAUCAUGGAGGGGCCGUAUACAUUUACCAUGGAAGUGGCAGGACCAUAAAAAAAGAAUAUGCACAACGUAUUCCAUCAGGUGGAGACGGAGAGACACUGAAAUUUUUUGGCCAGUCUAUACAUGGAGAAAUGGAUUUAAAUGGAGAUGGACUGACUGAUGUGACCAUCGGAGGCCUUGGUGGUGCUGCCCUCUUCUGGUCUCGAGAUGUAGCUGAAGUUAAAGUUAUCAUGACUUUUGCACCCAAUAAAGUAAACAUUCAAAAGAAAAACUGCAAAAUGGAGGGGAAGGAAACUGUAUGCAUAAAUGCUACCAUGUGUUUUAAUGUCAAACUGAAGUCAAAAGAAGACACAAUUUAUGAAGCUGAUCUGCAAUACCGAGUUACAUUAGACUCAGUAAGACAGAUAUCACGAAGUUUCUUCUCUGGAACGCAAGAAAGAAAGAUUCAAAAAAACAUCACAGUCCGUGGAUCAGAAUGUACUAAGCAUUACUUCUACAUGUUGGACAAACAUGACUUUCGGGAUUCGGUGAAGGUAUCAUUGGAUUUUAAUCUUUCAGAUCCAGAAAAUGGGCCUGUUCUUGAUGAUGAUCUGCCUAACUCAGUACAUGAAUAUAUUCCUUUUGCAAAAGAUUGUGGAAACAAGGAAAAAUGCAUAUCAGAUCUGGCCUUGACUGCAACAACAACAGGAAAAGACUUACUCAUAGUUAAGUCCCACAGUGAUAAAUUCGACAUGAGCCUGACCAUCAGGAAUAAAAAGGACAGUGCCUACAAUACCAGAGCCAUUGUCCAGGCCUCUCCAAAUGUCAUUUUUUCAGGAAUUGAGGGUAUUCAAAAAGACAGCUGUGAAUCCAAUCAGAAUAUCACAUGCAAAGUUGGCUAUCCUUUCCUAAAAAGAGGAGAAGAGAUAUCUUUCAAAAUACUAUUUCAGUUCAAUACAUCCUAUCUUAUGGAAACUGUGGCCAUUCACAUAAGUGUAACAAGUGACAGUGAAGAACCUCUGGAGACCCUUUCUGAUAAUGAAAUGGGUAUUUCUAUUCCAGUAAAAUAUGAAGCUGGACUCCAGUUUUCCAGCUCUGCAAGUGAAUAUCACAUUUCAAUUUCGGCCAACGAUACAGUUCCUGACGUUAUUAAUUCUACCAAUGACAUUGGAAAUGAAAUCAACGUUUUCUACUUGAUCCAAAAAAGUGGACAUAUACCCAUGCCAGAGCUUAAGCUGAUAAUUUCAUUCCCCAACUUAACAUCAGAUGAAUACCCUGUACUCUACCUAAUUGGAUGGUCAUCUUCUGAUAAUGUAAACUGCAGACCAACUAGCCUUCAAGAUCCUUUCAACAUCAACUCUGGAAAGAAAAUGAUACCAAAAUCUGGAGAACUCAAGCGAGGCACCAUUUCGAACUGCAAUACCUGCAAAUCUGCAACCAUUAUUUGUAAUCUGAUCCCUUCUGAUGUAAGUCAAGUAAAUGUAACAUUCCUCUUGUGGAAGUCAACAUUCAUAAAAGCAAGUUUUUCCAGUUUAAACCUUACUGUAAAGGCAGAACUUCAUAGUGAAAACUCAUCACUGGUGUUAAGUAGUGUUAAUCAGAAAAGAGAGCUGGCUAUUCAAAUAUCAAAGGAUCUUAUACCUGGCCAAGUGCCAUUAUGGGUGAUCCUUCUGAGUGCUUUUGCAGGAUUCCUGCUAUUGAUGCUCCUUAUAUUAGCACUAUGGAAGAUUGGAUUCUUCAAAAGACCACUAAAGAAGAAGAUGGAAAAAUGAAAUUUCACACGAGAGGGAAAAAAUUGCAAUUGUUCAAUGAUCUGUCCUCAGGCUUGCUUCAGAUUUGUGACCAGAAAAAGUCUAAAUGUAAUGAUCAUCUACAGGGUCACAUACCUUUGUUCCAUCAAGGAAUUAAUCACCUAGGGGGAAAAAAAACAACAGAUCAAGAAUGAUUCCAAAAGACAAUCAUAAAUUUAAAUUUGUAAAAUAUCAGGAAAUAUUUUAAAACAAUUACUCAUUUUUGCUGAGUAAUUGAAUGUAUGAUUACAAAAUGUUUUGAAUAGGAAGGACAACCUAUUCAAAUGUGAUUCAGGAAUGAAGGAAAAGAUGUUGUCAGGCUCAUGGAAACAUGUUUUGUUUUGGUUUUUUCCUCCAGAAAAAUACAAGUUAGAAUUUCUUUCUCUGACCCCAGUGGAAAUCUAGACUUUCAGAGUUUGAAAAUGCGUGUAUAUGCCAGGAAAGGGCUCACUUGCUAGGGUCAUUUCCCAUCAUGCACAACUGAUCUCAAGGGAGAGGACAUUCUGUAACAUGGACUCGUGACACAGAGAAGACAAAACACAGAAUGAAGCAGGGUCAUACAGCAGGUAGCCUUUAGGUCAAUUUCUGUGCAUGGAAAUAUUCAUUUCCCAGGCUGUCUAGAAAGCAAGGUCUCUCCAGCUGAAAUUCUGUCCUAAAUUGAGAAUGAUGCACCACCAGAAGACAAGCACACUGAAUGGCUGGGUUUAUAAGCUUUUACCGGGCACACUGACCUUGCAUUUUGAGCUUUAAGAAUCAAUGUAAAACUUCAUGGUAGUGAAAGAAGCACUUAAAAAACAAUUUUUAAUUUUAUGUGUGCCUUUAAAAAUGUGAUGUGAUUUAUUCCCAAAGAAUGCAGUGUGAGGGAUAUGCUGAAAUGAGUUUCCGAAAAUGGGAUGUGGUUGGCAAGUGACUAUGAAGUACCUAUUGUACCUUUAUGAAUCUGCUUUGGGUUUUGAGGGACCCAGAAUUCCCAUUUUCUAAGGCAGCCCAAAGAAGGAGUUUUCUUAGGUCCUUGGCACAGGGUUGGUCCAAUCCAAAAACUAAGACAGGGUUUUUAUUUUAUUUUGUAUUUUUUAUUUUGUUUCUUGAGGUUUAUUUUUUCAAAUACAUUUCUUUUAUUGUGUAAAAGACAAAAUUCCAUUUUAGAAUAAGACCACCAAAAAGUGUUUUCAGUGCAUGAACUACAUAUAUAUGUGUAUAUUUAUCAAGUAACUGCAUCACUAGAAAUAUCUUUAAAGCAUUUUUGUUUGAAAGCUGGCAACAAGAAGUUACUGCUUCAUAUUUAUCUUCUUUUCUUUUCAAGUUAUUUUCCUAAGGCAAAUAGAGUUAACCAGAACACCAGCUGCCAUGGACAAUCCUUUUAUUUCCUGUCAGUAACACCAAAUGAAUGAAUGCACAGUAGUUCUAACAGUCAAUUAAAUUUAGUAAGCGCCUACUGUGUGCCAGGCACUGUGCUAAGUGCUGAGAAUACAAAGGAAGGCAAAAGAUAGCUCCAGCUAUCAAGUGCUCACCGUCUAAUAAGGGAAAAAAUAUGAAAACAACUAUGUAUAAAAAGAAACAUUACAGGAUAAAUGGGAGAGAAUCAGUAGAGAGAA